AAUAGCUAGGUACGCAGCACCAUUUGUUUGUUGCCAUCUUGUUGAUUCUACCUUGCGGCAUCGGCGCCUUUGAAGUUUUUUAUUCCCUGGUGUUGAAAAUUGUUUACAUUGCGUCUAUCUGCGACAAGGAACUUGCGCCGGGCAGUGAACUCCACUUGAGAUCGAGAUGUCGGGCACCAUACUUGAAAACCUUAGCGGACGGAAGCUCUCCAUAUUGGUGGCCAGUCUGCUGCUUUGCCAAGUUUUCUGCUUCCUGCUGGGUGGUCUUUACGCCCCGCUCCCCGCCGGACAUGUGACCGUACUGGGAUCUCUGUGCCGCGAGGACCACACCCGCCAGAAUGACACCAGCUUCAUGCUCUACUCCCGCGGAGCCGGCGCCUGCAUUCCUGUCAGUCGUGAGGAGAUGGAGCGGGACCCCAUGAAGAUGGCCAACGAACUGGUGCACGUUUUCCAAAUGCCGUUGCCCCGGGACUUGAGGGACCUCGAGUAUUCUCGAUGGCAGCAGAAUCUCAUCGGUGUUCUUCAAGUGGAGUUCGGAUACGAUUCCUCAUCGGAACUGCGCGAACCACCCAAGGAACUGCAGCUAACCAUCGAUAUGAGACUGGCCUACCGCAAUAAGGGAGAUCCCGAUCAGGCUUGGAAACUCUACGCCCAUGGAGUAGAGCAGCGUUAUCUGGACUGCGAAGCCGCACACGUUGGAUCCACGGAGACGCUCUAUUCGUGUGACAUGAUUCCCCUCUUCGAACUGGGCGCUCUGCACCACAGCUUCUAUCUACUCAAUCUGCGCUUCCCAUUGGAUACACCUCGGCAGAUGAAUUUGCAAUUCGGACACAUCCACGAUCUGACCCUGACGGCGAUCCAUCAGAACGGCGGCUUCACACAAAUCUGGAUGAUGCUGAAGACCGUGCUCUUCCCCUUUGUGGUGGGAAUUAUGAUUUGGUUCUGGCGUCGAGUGCAUUUGCUGCAGCGAGCGCCCGCUCUGCUGGAGUAUAUGCUGAUCUACCUGGGAGGCGCUUUGACAUUCCUUAACUUGCCGCUGGAGUACCUGUCGCUGGCCGUGGAGAUGCCAUACAUGCUUCUUCUCAGCGAUAUCCGUCAGGGAAUCUUUUAUGCUAUGCUGCUCUCCUUCUGGCUGGUAUUCGCCGGAGAACAUAUGCUCAUCCAGGACGCACCCAAUAAAUCUACCAUCCGGUCGCGCUAUUGGAAACACCUUUCGGCCGUUGUUGUGGGCUGUAUUUCCCUGUUCGUCUUUGACAUCUGCGAAAGGGGCGUACAGUUGCGCAAUCCCUUCUACUCCAUUUGGACUACGCCGCUGGGUGCCAAAAUAGCCAUGUCGUUCAUAGUUCUAGCUGGAGUUUCAGCAGCCAUUUACUUCCUCUUCCUUUGCUACAUGAUCUGGAAGGUGUUCAGGAAUAUUGGCGACAAACGCACCUCGCUUCCGUCCAUGUCCCAGGCACGACGUCUGCACUAUGAGGGCCUCAUCUAUCGCUUCAAAUUCUUGAUGCUGGCCACUUUGUUGUGCGCCGCUCUUACUGUUGCCGGAUUUAUAAUGGGACAAAUGGCCGAAGGCCAGUGGCAGUGGAACGACAACGUCGAAAUCCAGCUGACUUCGGCAUUUUUGACUGGCGUCUACGGCAUGUGGAACAUCUACAUCUUUGCCCUGCUCAUCCUGUACGCCCCCAGUCACAAGCAAUGGCCAACCAUGCAUCACAGCGACGAGACCACACAGUCCAAUGAGAACAUUGUGGCCUCGGCUGCCAGCGAGGAGAUUGAGUUUAGCCACCUGCCGUCCGACUCCAAUCCCAGCGAGAUCUCCUCACUCACCUCGUUCACCCGCAAGGUGGCCUUCGAUUAAAUGAUGGAAUAAGCCAGCGCCUUGAUUUCGAUUUCGAACAGGUUGUGUGCCAAAUUGAGAGCACGAUUCUGGCCUGCAGCCGAACUCUCCGUGUGUGUGCUCAAUAUAUAUUAUGGGUAGACUUAGUCAGUAGCAUUUCUUGCCUAGUUUUGCAUUCUCUGCAUUCGACAACAUGAUCAGCAUUAUAAAUUAUCAUUAGUGGAUAGAUUGUAGCUUCUCUCUCAGCAUGCUCAAAGUGUUUACGAUUUUAUCAACUGUAUUUUUAACAAAGACCUCGGCAGUAUUAUCUAUUGAAGUCCAAUUUCUUAGCUUGUAAGUUUUUGUAUUUAUUAUAUAACAUUUUACACAUCUGACAGAAUCGUAGGAGCAGAAAGUAAUCCUUGUCUUUGAAACUUUUUAGUUAAAAAGACAAAAUUGUCCAUAGAUUACGGUGUGUCCUUAGGAUUUGUAUUUAUUUUUGC